AUGGAGGUCAACGGAUUGGAGAAUAUGAUGAAUCGGAUGAGCUGCCGAAAGGAGUACACAUUCUUGGAUGAUUACCAUAUAGUGAAUGUACUUGGCAAAGGAUCCUAUGGGGUCGUUUAUCAGGUCAGACAUAAGAACUCACACCAAGUGUACGCUUUGAAGCAGAUGGAGUUUCGAUCUACGGCAGAGGGAAUUCCACAAAGUGUUCUAAGGGAGGUUCAUUUGCUCAAACUGCUUGGACGAAAGAGACACCCAUCAAUUUUGAGACUCCAUGACAUCUCUCAUCAGCUGGUGAAAGACGAUGAAAUGGUUCAAAUCAAUUUACUCGUUGAGAAAUGCGAUUGGGACCUGUUCACAUUCCUUCAAGAGAUUCCAAAAUCUCUACCAGAACAUCAAUGCCGGUUCAUUGCUAUGCAACUAUUCAGAGGAUUGGAAUUCUUACAUUCUAACAACGUUAUUCAUCGCGAUUUGAAACCCCAAAACAUUCUGAUUAACCGCGAUCAGACAAUUCGGAUAGCGGAUUUUGGGCUUUCAAGAAAUUAUUCGAACACUAGUGCAUUUACCACAUUGGUGGUGACGCUCUGGUAUCGCAGUCCUGAAGUCCUGCUCCAAGCUAACUACGACAGUGGAACCGAUAUUUGGUCAGCGGGAUGCAUCAUUAGCGAGCUCUACAAUCGCCAACCUCUUCUCCCAGCGCAGACAGAGGCCGAACAAUUGCAUAUCAUUUUCCAAUUGAUCGGAACUCCACCAAUUGAGGAAUGGCCAAGAGAGUCUGUCGUUUCCCAUCAUUCGUUUGUCACCUACGAGCCUAAACCAAUAACUAACCUCAACCCGAAUCUCCAUCCAAAAGCCGCUCAGCUAAUAACAGAAUGCCUCAGGUUCAAGGUCUCAAAACGAUUUCGAGCAGCUGAAGCGCUGAAACAUCCGUACUUCACUGAACCACAACGUGAAAUCUUCAAAGAAAUCAAUUAA